AUGGAAUUAUUCCGCUGGGCGGCGACGUUGGAUGAUCCAGAAAAAAAACGGUACACAAAAAAAUACUGGCAACGCUCGCUUCCGCCAGAUAAACACGAGAGCACAUCAACGGUGGCGCUUGAAGACCACCACGACCGGGUAAGAGUCACUUCCUUCCUGAAGACUGCAGUGAAGUUGACUCAUUUUCAUUCAAGCGUUUCGUCUGGUGUGCAUGGUGCACAGUCCUGGUGGGCAAGUGGAGGGGUGUUUUACACGCUGGUGACUUGGACUGAAUCCAGGAACAAAAAAGGUGCUGCCGAC